CAUGAAGACCCCCAACACACAAGAGGCAGAAGGACAGCAAACCAGGUCAGCUGCAGGACGGGCCACGGGGUCUGCGAACUUGACAAAGAAGAAAGCUUCCCAGAAGAAGCAGAGGGGCAGACCUUCAUCCCAGCCCCGCAGAAACAUCGUGGGCUGCAGAAUUUCUCAUGGAUGGAAGGAAGGUGAUGAGCCCAUCACCCAGUGGAAAGGAACCGUUCUGGAUCAGGUGCCUAUAAAUCCCUCCCUUUAUCUAGUGAAGUAUGAUGGAAUUGACUGUGUCUAUGGAUUGGAACUUCACAGAGAUGAAAGAGUUUUGUCUCUUAAAAUUCUUUCCAACAAGGUGGCAUCAUCCCAAGUUAGUGACGCCAACCUUGCAAAUACCAUAAUUGGCAAAGCAGUGGAACAUAUGUUUGAGGGUGAGCAUGGUACCAAGGAUGAAUGGAGGGGGAUGGUCCUAGCCCAAGCACCUAUCAUGAAAGCCUGGUUUUAUAUUACCUAUGAGAAAGAUCCUGUCUUGUACAUGUACCAGCUUCUAGAUGAUUAUAAAGAAGGUGACCUCCGCAUCAUGCCAGAGUCCAGUGAGUCUCCUCCAGCAGAGAGGGAGCCAGGAGGAGUAGUAGAUGGCCUGAUAGGCAAACAUGUGGAAUAUACCAAAGAAGAUGGCUCCAAAAGGAUCGGCAUGGUCAUUCACCAAGUGGAAGCCAAACCUUCUGUGUAUUUCAUCAAGUUUGAUGAUGAUUUCCAUAUCUAUGUCUAUGAUUUGGUGAAAAAGUCCUAAACAUUGGGAUAAAACUUACCACAUUUGUGGAAAUAAACCCAUAAUUUGUAGACACGCAAAAAAUGCUGGUUUCCAGUGUAUUGAAAGUUUAAGGGUCCCUGAUGACCAGCAUAACUGUUGUUUUGUUCUGAAAAAUACAAGUUUAUGUGGAUGUGACAUACUGUGUAUAGGCACUUUCUCUUGAAAAGAUUGAGUAUGUUUGGUGGAUGGGGCAUGAAAAGAAGAAACAGCUGUCAAUUUAGCCUGUGAAUAAAGUGCAGCAAAGCAA